AUGAACCUAGUUUAUUUGCUCCCCUACUUCAUCCUGCUUGGCCAUCCCUUCCACCAUCGGGCCUCUGCCACUCCGCUGCUCAAAAGCACCGCAAGCAUCGAAAGGGAAAGAAAACUCGGAGCGGCUGGGGCCUCUGCCCCUGGGUUUUUGCAGGGAAAGCUCGGAUUCUCACAGCCUGCAAGCGUCGAAUCGGAAAGAAACUUGGGAGAGAUCGGAAUUAAGCCCGAUUCCAGCAGUCCUCGUCACGCUCCUGUUGACGAUGAUAGCUACUGGCAGCUAUCCGAUGAACAGGGAGGAGUGUCCGUCGGUAAAUCAGGAAUGUUGUCACAGUUACUGCAUGUAUUCAAGAAGCCAGAGAAGGGUGGCUAUGAAAGACUCUCAAAAGAACCGGAACGGUACCCCUCUAACCUGGACUCGAAUUACGAGAGCAGUCCUCGUCACACUCCCGGUGACGAUGACAGCUACUGGGAGCUACCCGAUGAACAGGGAGGAGUGUCCUCAGAGAACGGUGGCUAUGAAAGACUCUCAAAAGAACCGCAACUGCCUCCCUACCUGGAAUCAAUUCUUACUUCUGAAGACAAGGAAAAUCAACUUGAAGUGUUCCUAACCGGUAGAAUACUAGACGACAACGAGGCAAAAUAUUUGCAAGCGCAGGCUCGAAAGAUUAACUCGAUUGAAAAACUAUUCCAGCGCUUCGCAAAUGUGGUCGGGGGACGAGUUGCAAAUUGGGAUGUAAAGGAACAGCCUGCGAUAGAGGAACCAGCGGAAGCGCUCCGAACCAAUGGAAUACUCAACACAAACCCGCUAAGAUUUUUCUUUGCGCAAACGCCUGGACAGUCUGCGCGCCCAAAACAGCCCUCCCCGAUACAAGACACGGCUUCCGAGAGGUACAAGACGAAGUUGUUGUUUUUGGACGUGUUCAGCGAAGUCUGUUUCCUGACAGGAAACGACGACGACGAUCUAGCCAAGAUGGUGAUUUAUGUGAAAGCAAUUGCCGAUGUGACUGUCGUUAAGGCAUCUGACACCGAGUGGAUAAAGGAGAUGAAAGCAAGGAACCGAAAACAUCUCAAGGAUAUGUGGCCGAUGCUGGGCUACCAGCCUAAAAGCGACCAAGCCAAACUUCUCUUGAGAGCUUUAAGAAACCUAUGCUCUUUUCCAGAGAAUCUCCAACUUGGUAUCUAA